CCUUGGCAAACAGAGGUCAAAACUGCUCCACCUGUUAACAAAAACAGGUAACCAGGGACAACAUCCAAUGAGAGCGAGGCUCCUCUGUGCUCUAUAUAGACUGAACAGCGCAGCCGGACUGAGCAAACUGCCUGCAGGCUGCAGACAGGACUGUUCAAAACACACCCACUAGCUGGCACACCUGACAAUCAACAGAACAACUAAGUAAAUUAUUGACUGACUUCAGGAUGAUGGCUGCACAGGUCAGCAGAGCGACGUUCCCCUUGAUACUGUUUCUGGAAUUCACAGCGGCCUUCCAGCUGCCGCCAUGCCAGCUCGUCAACCACACGGUGUCUCUGGAGAAGGAGGGCUGUCCCAAGUGUCACCCGGUGGAAACAACCAUCUGCAGUGGGCACUGCCUCACCAAGGAUCCUGUCAUUAAGAUACCGUUCAGCAACGUUUACCAGCACGUCUGCACGUACCGGGACUUGUACUACAAGACAUUUGAGCUUCCCGACUGUCCACCCGGCGUGGACCCGACGGUCACCUACCCCGUGGCUCUGAGCUGCCACUGCGGCCGCUGCGCCAUGGACACAUCCGACUGCACCUUCGAGAGCCUGCACCCAGACUUCUGCAUGAAUGACAUACCUUUCUACUACCCGUCUGAAGGGAUGUCUCUGUACUAAAGCACACGACACGUACAAAAACUGUGCUGACUUCAAAUGUUGUAAAUAAAGAUUGUUGCAUUUACAAGUGCAAGAGAAUCACG